AUGUCUGAAUUGGUUUCCCUUAGUGGAAGAACAAGGGCGAUGAACUCAUUACAAGUCCGUCUUGUUGACCUGGCGAGGUGGACGCUGCUGAAGCACCAAGACUUGGCCAUCGCCUCUCUGGAAACCCUUCCCUCAGAGCUCUUCCCACAACUCUUCCUGGACGCCUUCCAUUUCAGAUGUACAGAGACGCUGAGGGCCAUGGGAAGGUGCAAGCUGCAGGUGCUGGAUUUCCGUCCUAUUGGUGAUCAAUUCUGGUAUCAAUGGUGUGGUACCCCUGUUAGAUGGAGCUCAAAGGGGAAGGCACCACGUCCUGUAGAAAGUUCCAGAGAAGGACACACCUCUGCUCGCUUGGAGGUGUUAAUAGAUCUUACAGUCUCCAUAGGUCCCCUCCCUAAAUUAACAGCCUAUAUCCUUAACUGGGUGAAGGAGAGAAAAGAUGUUCAUCUGUGCUGUAGAAAGAUGAUGUUUUUGCAUAUGCCCAUCUUCGACAUCUGCCUGAGCACCAUUGAACUGAGCUGUGUCCAAGAAGUAGAAGUAAAUUUAUACUGGAGAAUAUUUACCGUGGAAUUGUUUACUCCUAUACUGGACCGGAUGAAGAACCUGCAGAGAUUAAUUUUACAUCAUGAGGUACCUCACCACAUCUGGCAUGAGAUGCUGAAGGGUGAAAGGUUCUUUGUGGUCCUGUUUUCGAAUCAGUUCCUCCGGCUGCACCACCUUCGGGAACUCUAUAUGGACUCAGCCCCCUUCCUCAAAGGACAUCUGGACCAGGUGCUCAGGUGCCUGAGGACCCCUUUGGAGACCUUGUCCCUCACAGAGUGUCCACUUCUAGAGCAAGACUUGAUCCAUCUGGGCCAGUGCCCCAACCUCAGCCAGCUGAAGGAGUUGAGUCUGAGAGGCACUUCCUUGAGCCUGGUGAGGGAGCCCCUGCGCGUGCUGCUGGAGAACUGUGUGUCCACCCUGCAGGACCUGGACUUAGAGAUGUGUGGGCUCCAGGACUCUCACCUGGAGGUCAUCCUGCCUGUGCUGAAACUCUGCUCUCAACUCAGGAUCCUGAAACUCUUUGGGAACCGCGUGUCCAAGGCCGUCCUGGUCCAGAUGCUGUGCCACCUGGCCGGGCUGCCCCACUUAACGCUGGAGGUCUAUCCGGCCCCGCAGGAGAGCUACAGGGAUCAGAACAGGCUCCACCAAAGGACCUUUGAUCUGCUUUGCACAGAGCUGAGGGGGGUUUUCAGGGACCUUGGAAAGCCCAGGGUGAUCUUGGUGAGCACUGAGCCCUGUUCUUUCCAUGGAAAGACUAUUCUUCACAACUGUGAGCCCAGGAUGUCCUCUUACCCCUGCUGCCAUUAUCAGACUCAAAAGAUUUCAUUUCUGAAUUGA